AUGCCCAGCGAGACAGAACCCCUCCUCCCUCGCUAUGAGGAUGACACUACCCGUCAGCGUCAGCUCCACCAGAAAUUGCAUUCCUAUCAGAUGGUACGCGCCCUAUCCGAGGGGUACAUGCCAUCCACUGAACAAGCCAUUGCCAACUUACGCACCCUGCUCGCCUCCGACCUACUCAACCUUCGAAAUCAGGAGAUCGGCAGUCACGGUCGCCAACUAGUGCGCGAUGCACGUCUCUGGACCGAGGCAUGCAUUGACUUUCUCCACACCAAAAAUAGUCACGAUAAACUACAGGACUUUCUCUGGCACCUCUCCCGAUCUCGGGUGAUGUUGGAUGGUUCCCGUGUCUCUCACACCGCGGCCCACGUGAAAGCGCGCGCUGAUACUAAAGCUGCGUACGAUAGUUUUCGUACCAUCGGGAGCUUGCUUCUAACCAACGCUGACUUCCGACUUUUUAUCGAUGACGUCGCCACGAUUGGUCGCCAGAUCUUUGCUGACACUGCCUCCUCCCUCUCCGAGACUUCCAAAAAGGUUGCUGAACAGAUUCAGCCUUCCGAGGAAGAACAGCAGGCGCUGUCAGGACCUGGUGCCGAUGAGGAGCACCAAAUCUCACGGGAGGAAGUACAGGAAGAGUUGGCCGACGCAGCCAAAGUAGCUGGAAAGGGCAUUGCAGCAACUGGCCACGCAGCGGUGCAAAGCGCCCGUGAGCACUUUGCUGGCCAAGAGAAAGAGACAUUGCUGUAUCGGAUCAAGAAAGUUGUCUUGAGACUCCGUGAGCGGACUGACUAUUCGGACUCGGUUUCUACCAUUGUCCAGCUGGUACAGCGCUACGCCGUGAUCUAUUCUAGUGUGGCUGAAGACACUGCCUCGGCUGCAAAUGAAGAUAUUGAACCUAAUAACGACUUGAAACAGGCGGUCGAGCAAUUUUGGGAAUUGUUGCGAUCGUUCGGCCAAGCGGAAGAGUGGGAUAAACUCCAGCAAAAGUUCCAUGAUGUCCUACGUCACGCGAAUAAGGAUCCCGAUUUUGAACGACUGAUGGGAGAAGUAGGGAACUCGUUACAGAAUAUGCUGACCGACCCAGAGUUUUUUGAUUCAGCCCCACAAAAGCUGGAAGAGCUGCAGCAGCAGUCGGAGAAGGUCGGGUCGGAAACUAGUCUCCGUCAAGAUAUAGACAAAUUUCUUGUCCAGACCAAGCAAACGUUGCGUACAUUGCCUGACGAUCCAGCUGUUUACAAGCUUUUCAAUGCGACCAAGAAGAUCUAUGAAGAUGUCUGGAAGGCGUACAAUAGCAACAAAGAUCGCUUCCCCGCGGAUCUGGCAAAUGUCGCCUUACCUGUCAUUCUACGGAUGAUUCAAUAUGUGCCAAUUCCUCGUCUGGAGGUUUCAGCUCCAGAGAUGGACCUGUUGUUGGAAAACCUCAUUCUGGAACCUGGCCACACGGUCAACUUUUCUUCAUUCCUGCCCUAUCGCAUGCAUUUAAGGACACAGAAUGAUAUUGUAAUCGUCAAAAAGCAUUCAAAGCGAACGGACACAUCCAUCAGAACCAUGUUCCAUGUGUCCCUCAACGGCCUGAAUAUCAGUGCACAGGAAUUUGGCUACUGGUUCAAGACUCACCACCUCUUCUUCCGCUUGAGAGACGAAGGAAUCGCCAGCUUCUACCUCGACCGUCGCGGUGUGGAUAUCGAUCUCGACAUCGAGAUUGGCCGUGACCGACUCGAGCACAUCUUUACCCUCCGCGGCGUUCGAGUUCGUAUCCACAAGCUCGACUACAAAGUACAGAAGAGCAAGUGGAAAUUCCUUCUGUGGCUGACCAAGCCAUUCCUCAAGCACCUGGUGCGUCGCGUGUUAGAAAGAAAAAUCGCAGAGGAGAUCGUGAACGCCGCUUCUACUUUGAACCGGGAGCUGGUCUUUGCCCGCGAGCGCUUGCGUGCUACUCGCAUCGCUAACCCGCAGGAUCUGACGACCUUUGUGCGGGCCGUGCUGGCACGCUUGGUGCCUGCCAAUGAUGAUGUUGAGACUCGCAUUGGUCUUGAACCCCCUGACAGUGGUGUUUUCAAGGGUGUUUAUGCUCCGGGUAGUAUUGUCAAGACGUGGCAUGAAGAGGCUAUCGGGGCCCAGGAGGCAAUCGAGAAUGGCGAUGAGACUCAUGGACUGGGCUACACGUGGCGCAAUGAUAUCUUUGAUGUAGCUGGACACCAUUAA